AGUAUGGGGAAACACUGGACAUCCUGCUGAAAUAUUAUUUUGAUCUCUGGUCGUCCGUUGCCGUCCCCGCCCUCUAUGCCCCCUCCUCCCCUCCGGGCUUGACUCCCCUCCCAGCAGGAAGUGAGAGCAGUCUGUACCGCUGACACUCGCCGAGCGAGGAAUUCUGAGGAGGAACAAAAAUGACUUGAGCCGGAGCAGCUAUCUGAGCGCCUAAACAUUGAAACCACCCAACGCACUUUGAAUGAUUUGCAACAACAAACGCUCAGUACCCGUUUCCCUGGCAACAUGGCCAAUGUGAAAGUUGCUGUUCGAGUCCGUCCGCUAAGCAAAAGGGAGAGUGCGGAGGGGGGCAGGAUUGCUGUGCAGGUGGAUGAGAAAGUGCUGAGAAUCACAAACAUCAAGCUGGAUGGGAAGCUUGAUGGUCCAGGAGACUCCAGGGAGAAGCUGAUGGGCUUCGGGUUUGAUUACUGCUACUGGUCGGUCGAUCCCAAUGACCCGAACUACUCAUCCCAGGAAGAGGUGUUUCAGGACCUUGGCACUUUAGUGCUGUCUGGAGCUGUGAAGGGCUACAAUGUGUGUCUGUUUGCAUACGGGCAGACGGGCUCGGGGAAGACCUACACCAUGAUGGGAACGCCGGUGUCUUUAGGGCUAACCCCCAGGAUAUGUGAGGCACUGUUUUCCAGGGCUGAUGAUAAUCCAGAAGGACACAAUUCCUGCAGAGUGGAAGUCAGCUUUCUCGAGAUCUACAAUGAGCGUGUGCGGGACCUGCUCCAGCGCCCUGACAAGAAGAAACCCUUCACACUUCGGGUUCGGGAGCACCCUGAGAAGGGCCCCUACGUUCAGGGCCUGUCCCAACAUGUAGUUUCAGACUACAAGCAAGUGGUGGAUCUGCUGGACGAGGGAAUAGCAAACAGAAUAACUGCUGCCACCCAUGUCCAUGAUGCCAGCAGCCGCUCCCACGCCAUAUUCACUAUCCAGUACACUCAGGCCAUACUGGAGAACAACCUACCCUCUGAAAUCGUCAGUAAAAUUAACCUGGUGGACUUGGCAGGGAGUGAGAGGGCGGAUCCUAACUACUGCCGGGAUCGUAUCACAGAGGGCUCCAACAUCAACAAGUCCCUGGUCACCCUGGGUAUCGUCAUCUCCACUCUAGCCCAGAACUGUCAGAUGUUCAGCAGCUGCCAAAGCAUCAGCAGCAUGGGCAGUGAGGGGGAGGGCAGCAGCGCGGGCAGCCAGUCCAGCUCCCAGUCAGGCAGCGGGCGCAGGCACUGCUACAUCCCCUACAGAGACUCCACUCUCACCUGGCUGCUCAAGGAGAGCCUCGGAGGCAACUCUCACACCGUCAUGGUGGCCACGAUCUCUCCGUCCAGCAGCAGUUAUAGUGAUACUCUCAGCACACUUCGCUAUGCAUCACAUGCCCGCAGCAUCGUCAACAAACCCCAGGUCAAUGAGGACGCUAGUGUGAAGCUGAUCAGAGAACUGCGUGAAGAAAUCGACAGACUGAAGACAAUGCUAAUGAGCUUUGAACUGCGGAACUCCAGCCACUCCCUGAGUGAGGACAGAAAUGGGAACCUGGCAGAUAUUGUGCUGCAGAACGAGCUCAAGGUCGAGCAGCUCACCAAAGACUGGAGUGAUAAAUGGAAGGACAAGCAGGAGCUGAUGGAGGAGUACAGGGUGGACAUCAACAGGGAGAAGGCCGGGGUGCUCAUUGACUCCCACCUGCCUCACCUGAUAUCUGUGGACGGAGACGUCUUGAGCACUGGCAUUGUCUUUUAUCACCUCAGGGAAGGAACAACCAGAAUUGGUAGGAGUGACGGACAGGACGAGUCUGAUAUCGUCUUGCAGGGUCCCGGGGUGGAGAGUGUCUGUUGUGAGAUUGUGAAUGAGCGCGGGGUCGUGACCCUGAGGCCUGGCCAGGGGGGGCUGAGCGCCGUCAACGGACGAGAGAUCACUGAGCCCUGUCGCCUGGCACAAGGUGCAGUGAUUGUGCUGGGCAGGACCCACACGUUCCGGUUUAACCACCCCGCUGAGGCUGCAGUUCUCAGGCAGAGGAGGCGAGUUACACCCCUUCUCCCUCCAGCAUGCCCUGUCCCGGGACGGGAGACCAGCGAGAGCCUCCUGCUCAGCAGCGGAUCCUGUGAUUGGCUGGAUUUGGAGGAAGAGUCUAACCCCUCCCCUCGGUACAGCCUGUCUCCAUCCCUGCUGGCCAGGCAGGAGCCCCGGGGGAUGCCAGAUGAGGAGAAGCAGCUCGGAGAAAUGGGCAGGAGUCUGAGUGAGGGGAGCUGGGAGCGUGCCGAAGCCCAGCCCGGGGCUCAGCCCCCCGAGACCCCCCCCAGUUGGCGCCUGGUGGAGCAGCAGCGAUACGUGGAGGGCCUGAGAGAGCAGAUCCUGGCAGCACAGCUCCGUGCAGAGCAGGAGCUGGAGAGGGAGCAGGCACGCAUCAAUCAGCAGCUUCGAGACAACCAGCAGUGGCUGCUGCAGGAGAAACAGCGCCUGGCGUCUCUGACGCCGAAGGAGAGGAGGGACCUAGCGGUGCAGACAGACCCGGCCUCGAGCUCCGAGUCGGGGGUGCAGCUCUUCAUGGAGGCUGCUGGCUGCGGGCCCUCUCUGCAGGACAGGAAGAGGCUGGUUCAGCAGGAGCUGCUCCGUAGCCAUGCGCUGAGGAGAGCUGAGAGGAGGAUCCGCCGCAAGAGGGUGCGCUUCCAGCUGGAGAGGAUCAGCAGGAAGCAGCAUCUCCUCGAGGCCAAGAGGGAACUGCAACAGCUGGAGGAGAGGGACAGGGACAGGGACAGCCUCGGAGAGCAGCAGCUCCCAGCUUUGGCAAAGGGCCGGCGCAGGGGCAGCUUCCCCACCCCCAGCAGGAGACACUCCUUCUCAGCCGACCUGCUCUCCCGACUUUACCCCCAGCACAUACCUAUCUACAGCCAUUUCCUGAAGCAGAAAAAAUCACCUGAAGCAUCUGCCUGGUCCAGAAACUGGUGCACCCGGAUCCCUCGAAAAUGCCUGUCAGAGGAAUGCCUCCCGGCCGCAAGGGUUAGAAAGGGGACAAGAGUUUAUACAGGUCAUCGCCAUUCAAGACACAAAUCAGGCUCAGUGGAAAACCUGAAGAUGCCUGACAUUAAACUGAGUCUUUCAGCGCCUGACUUUCACACGUGGACUAACAAAGACCAACCCAGAAUAUGCACCACCACCGCUGCAAUUACACACAGAAUACAUGAAUCCCAGCAGCCAAGUUCUAGUGCUUCAGGUCAGUCCAAGAACAAAGACAGCACUGCAUCCAACAGCAGAAGAUCAAAACCUCUGGGAAAAUCAUCACUUGAACCAAAGGGCUCUGCAAAAAUCAAUAGAGGUUUAAAACGAAUAAAAAUGCUGAUUUCUCAAUCCGUUAGCCCGGGAAUUAAAACUGUCCUAGCUGGGAUGUUUAGAAAGCCCCCUUCAGGUUGGGCAGGGAGAGCAACUAAAAGUUCAAAAAAGGCAGCCACCAGAUUGUCCUGCAGCCUGGAAAGGAGUGCAAUGAAGGAGCGUCCCAUCAAAAUGGCCUCGUCCUUUGAGGGUCUUGACCAGCUUGGCAAGUCCAUAUCUGGCUGCAGCCAGGAGAGAAAGUGGCACAGCGCAGAAGUCCUGAGCGAUGGGAUCAAGCAGACAGCUGAUAGGCUGCUGUACGGCUGGGAGGAAGACUGUGAAUCCUCAGACUCUGACAACCUGUCCUCGCUCGAUUCUCUGUCCUCGGCCUACACCAAAGCGUUGACUGAGCAGCUAAUGCAGGAGGAGACAGCUGAGCCUGAGCUGAGUGAUGGAGCGAGCGAUGACAGCCAGAUGUCUCAGGACUCCCUGGCAGGGACUGGGAGUGGAAAGAAGCUUAUAGAUUCACCCAAGGUGGCAGUACAAAGCUUGCAGAGAUUAAGGCUGUUUAAUAACCCCAGUUCUCCUGGAAACUGGCUCGACAAAUGGGGAAGGAGCGUCUCUUUAGAUAGCCUGGCUGAUGGCGAGGCGGAAGAAACAGAAGACCGCUCACCCCGGGGCUCUGGAACUUCAGAUGAGAUUCCAGCUGAGAUUUACUGGAAGCUCCAGAGCCCUAGAACACAAGAUGUGCACAACACAGUGCUGCAUAAACCACAUGGGGGGAGUGAAGAGAAGGGAAUGGAAAUGGAGACAUUGUUGAAGGGAGGAAACCUGGAGAGCCCUCCUGUAAUGGAUGACAGUCCUCACUUGGGAGAUCCGCUUUCCUCUGAUCAGACACACUCCAGAGAAAGAGCAGUUUCCCUGUCUCUCACUGACGCAUGGUCCUCUUGUGAGUCAUCUGAGAGUCCCCGGAUGCUCAAAGACUCGCUGAAUAAAAGCCAAUGGCUUCAUACAAAACAGGCUCUCUUCAAAACUCCCAGUAAGGUUGACGGAUCAAAACAGAAGGCAGACAACAGAUAUUCCAAGUGCAGCCCAGAUCUGUCAGCUACAGGGAAAGGGCUAGAAAGUGAAACAAGCUCAUGCAUCAGUACCUUAAACCAGCAGUCAAGCCAAGGUGAAAGGAACUACUGGAUUUUAAAUGGCACAUGUGUUGAAAACAAGGUUCACCCUGGACAGCCCAUCACAGUUAUCAGUGCUGCUAAAUCCAACACACUCGGUUCAGAUGCUAGGAGGAAUGAGAGUUGUUUGGCUGUCACUUCAGCAUGCAGCUUAAGAAGUGAGGCAGAGGUGGAAAGCCAGGAUGCUAUAUCACACUGGAUUGGGUCUCCUGGUUCAACAGUUUUCAACCGCCUUGAUGGAAGAAAGCAGGACAUAAACAUCCCAUCACCAACCAGUAGGAAUAAAAGCCCAGUCACUUUUGAGCCAGACUUGGUUGAGCAUCUCCAGACUACACCAGACAAGGAUCCAGUUGUCUCUGGCAGCAAUGUUACAGACUUGGAGAGUACCAACCAUUUCUCGCCAGGUUAUCCUGAAGAGAGACUUUCUUUAGUGGAAGGGAACCACGUUCAUGCAGAGCCGAACAAAAGUGUAUCCAGUGAAGAGGUUUGCGUUAAUGAACAGGAGGGUAUAAUCAGAGACAGCAACUUAUCCAGUACCUCUGCAACUGCUGCACAAGUUCAAGAGCUAACACAGUUAAUUUUGGUGCCAGUUAACACCCAACACUCAUUGGACGAAGGGAUGAGAAAAGAUGGGGUUGAUACCUCUCCAUCCUUCUCAGAACAGGAGACUCAGAGCAGCCCUGCUAUUGGAGACUUAAAGCACAGCGUGAAGGCCAAGUCUAGCUGCAUUUCAGGCAGUACCUGUCCCAGUGCCGGACCCAAUCUGCAGGUUAGGUCAGUCCAGUUUAGGAAAGACAGUGGUUACACCUCUUCAGAAGCACCUUUGGAAGUCCAUGCUGCUAUGGGGGACAAGCUGAUUCCAAACAAGGAGAGUCUGAGUUCUGCAGGAACUUUACUGAACAAUGCCGGGAAUCACAGCUUACAAGCUGCUGUUUUUGAAACUUUCCCUGCAGAUCCAGCCCUGGUCCCAGACCUUGGAAUCACCAAUGAGGAAAAAACGUUUAGUUUAGCUGGGGAAGAUACAGAAGAGCUGAUUUCGAAUCCCUCGGCUGAGAACGAGAACAAUGGCUUUCCAGAUUUAAAACCAAACCAUGGAACAACAGUGCAAACAGAUUUCCUGCAAGAACAGCAAAUAGCCAGGCCCAACACAGGUCAACCCACUGAAGAAUUCAGCAGUACCAGCAUUAGAGCUGAGGUUUCAGACAUGACGAACACCCCAGAGAGGGCAACAUGGGAAGAACAGGGUUCAAGAGGAGUGGGAGUGGGGCAGAGGAAAGACAGCAUAGCCACAGAGCUUCAAAAUGAUAUCAAACUUCAAAUGAACAGAACACAACUUGAAUGCAGUUCAGUCCAAGUGUCAGAUCAGAGAACCGCUGUACACAGCACCAAUCCAAGUCUGGAUGCUGACCCAGAGCCAUUACAGAAAGAAAAAGAAAGAGGAAUGGAAAUAGAGGAAGGCAGUUUGGAAACUGGCAUGACUGAUGAAGGCUUUAAUGAGGGGUCAAGGGACAAUGUCAGUGACAGGGACAAUCAAGUUGACCUCAAUGUACCGAAAGAUACUAUCAAAAAGCAAAUCGAGCCAUCUGAAUUUAGAAAAGACAUAUGCGCUGUAAAAAUGAAGGAUGUCCAUUUAACAGCACCAACUUGUAAAAGCCACAUUUCUGAUUUAGAUAUUAAGGAAAGCAGGGAGGAUGAGAGGAGUGAUAAUGAGACAGAGCUUAGGCAAAAAAGAGAGAGAAUAAACAGUCCUGAGGGAGUGAGACUGGAAGACACAGAGAAUGUCAGACCUAGAAGGGGAGUGGAGAGAAACCAGCAAGCGGUCCGAAGAGAGGGGAAAAGAGUUCUGAAAGAAGGGAAGAAAGCAGAUGGUUGGUCUAUGGUUCAUGGAAUGUCAACGGGGGAAACCGCACAGUGUAGCUCUGCAUUGAGAGAGAAUGAUGUACCAGACUGUGAAGAGGACAGGGAAAGUGAGGUUCAGAAGGUUACGAAUGAAGCAAGUAAGCAUAGAGAUAGUGGAGUCUUUGAUGUAGAGGAAAGGCAUAGUACCAUUAGAGAAGGGGAAAAAGGAGCAGACAUUCCAAAUCAAACAGAGAAUGAAGCAGCUGAUGCUCUCGGCAACAGUAAAGUCAGAAAGCAUCAUCAUUCUGCCAGGUACAGUCUGAUACCUACAGGAGAAUAUAAAUUGGACCACAUUGGGCUGCUGCAUGCAAACCAUGAGGGCAGAAAGGCAGCAGAAGUACGUGAAAUGAAUGAGAGAGAUCCUAAACAGCAUGCUGAUGUUGAACCAGGAACAUUGAAUUCCACUGACACAAAUCAAGCGGUCUUACAAUUCAUCCACAAAGGUAACAUGAGCCCACAGAGAGACAGCAGACCUACAAUGGCCGCUAGAACUAAUAAGACACACCACGUGACUCGAUCCGAUAUUCCAAAAGGCUUACAAGGCCGGCCCAUUGAGGUCUGCACUCAAGGAACAAAUGGCCUACUGAAAAUAAAAGUGGAAGGAACACAAAGCAGUAACAGAGACAGACACUGCGGGAAGCGUGUGUCUGAAUCCAUGAUGAAAUCCAGGACUCCUGGUGGUAAUGUCACCAGGCAAGCUUGCAGUGAUAGUGCAGAGGCUUCUCAUUUGGAUCUGGAUGUCUCCUCCAAAACUGGUGCCAAAAAAAGGUACACCUUUAGCGUACUCAAAGAAACAAACAGUGCAACUCCCAUAGACAAGAAUGCUGAAAGCAGAACCAGUACUUUAAGGGAUGGGGCAGAAGAGGACUCCAGUGCAUCUCUUAUUGCAGCAGAAGAUGUUCCCUUGACACCUGGCCAUAUGGAAAAUCAUGAUGUUGGCUUGAUGUCAUCAACGAAUUGGCUUGAAAACACUGGAGGUGACACCUUAGAAUUUCCAGAAACUCAUUCCGAGGGUAAUGAAACUGAAGAGCUUUUAAUUAGAAAACAUCUUACAGAAAAACCUGCAAGGCCAGGAUCUAACAAUCUCGUCAGCUCACCACUCCCAUUCCCAAGCUUCAGUGCAUCUUCAGAAGGAAUGGGCUUGCUGUUGAAUCCUGACCAACUGAAUACUUGCAAACCGGCAGUUCUGAAAGACAACUAUGUCAGAAUUGACAUGGCAAAGUUUUGCCUUGAUUCUAACAAACAGUCCCGCUUUCCACCCUGCUCCCAGAAUCCCGAGAGAGUGAGAGAGACAGAGGAAAAUAAGGAAGGAUAUGUUGCCCAGACUAAAGCUCAAAAAAUCUACCCUGGUCCAAGCCAGUGCAACACAAGAGAGACUAGUAUGGAAAGACUAAAGUAUGCACAGAUUGGAGAUACUGACAGCUUCCACUGUGGUGUGUAUAAGGAAGAAUCUGAAGAAAUAGAAGCGGUUGCCCAAGGAGAAAUGGAGGGUUCUACCAUUCAGAUUUUGGGUAAUAUGACUUCAGAAAAGAUAGGCACAAAACAAUGCCAUUACAGCACCCAAAUUCCUAGAAUAGCAGAAGAUGAUGCUGAUUUUGUGGAAUGGACAAAUGAUAGCCAUGAGAGAGCAGGGGCAAGCAAUAAAACUAGUUUGAAAAUGGAGAGAACAAAAAUAUUCAAUCACAGAGACCGAAGACAUCAGAAAGACGUCACAGAGCCUUCACUGGAACCAGAGGAGAACUACUUGGAAAACAUUUCCAGACCAUCCAAAGAGAAAUACUCCCCUCCAGAAAGAGGGGUUAAGGACAGUGUAAAAAAAGACUCCCAAACUACAACCCCAGGGGUCUACAAAAUACAGAUGGACCCUGGUGCCCAAGAUUAUUUUGACAUAAGGAUGUCUAACUGGACCGUUCAACAUGGUCAGCCAGUCCAGUAUGUACAGUCUUCAGAUUUCAGCAGGCAUGAAGUUAGGUCCAAUACAGAGAUGGGCAGAGGAACUGAAUCCAGUGAUCAAAGUGUGGCAUUUGGAACUCCGGCUGAGAAAGACCCUCCUGUCAGUUUAAACCGCAAGGGUGCAGUUGCAAUCCAGACUGUCUCUGAUGUGGAAUUAACACACAGGCCAUUGGAGGCUGGGUCUGACAAAGUCUACCGGCAUGAACAAUUAGAAGAGCUGCAUGAGACCACAGGACUGCUUAAAGAUUCUGCAGAUGUGUCACUUUGUGGCAGUGAAACUGACCAGAACAAAGCACCAGAAUCUCUCAUUUCACUUGCUGGAAUUUUGAAAAAGAGGUCUAGGUCAUCUCUAGUUGUUGGUGCCGCCAUCGUUGAGGAGGGACACAAUGAGAACACUGCUUCUAGUCAUUCAGGUUCCCAGUCAAUUGCACCAAAAGGAGGGGUGUGCAAAGGUGAGGGAAAAGAGGGAGAAGAACUGGCAAGUGGAGAUAUAGUUCUGAUAGUCAACCCCAAAGAGUGCCAGGAAUAUACAACAGUAUAUAGUGCUCAUAAGACUUGCUCAGAAGAGCAACACAGUCCCACAUUAACAGACAAGUCUGCUGGGAGUAAACAUGUAGAAGGACCAGUUAAUAUAUCAGCUGCUCUGACCUCAUCCGAAGGAAUUGGUAAACAACAAAUCAGCUGUGGAACACCUGGAGCUGAAUCCCGAGAGCAAGGUGUUCAGAAUCUGUCCUCCUCCAAGGAGCAGAGACAAACUGAUCUUCCAACCGCAGUAUUAACGGAAAUAGCUGUGACUCAGGAUUACAGGAGGGGCAACGUUUCAGUCGGCUGCACAAGUGCAGUGGGGUUCAUAGAACUUCCACUGGCUGAAGGAAACAGUGGUAAAGAUGUUGAGGCCGACAGUGUUGAUAUUCGGGUAAUACAAAGAUCCGCUGGCAUCAAGUUCAGUAGUAACCAGGACCCUGUGUUUUCUACAAUGCUUUCCCCACAAGCUUUAGGGGAGAUGCAUGAGCAACAAAAGAUAACUGCGAAACAAGCCACGCAGAAACAUCGAGAAUUGGAAGCUGAUGGGAAAAUUAGAGUUCCAUACACACACAUCCAAUACCCUACUGUGUGCGGGGCAACGGUUGGAAGCCCUAGAGUGGCCACAACCUCAGCCCCAUCUUUCGUUUACAGAAGCAGCUCACUGGAAGACCUCGAGUCCCUCUCGGUCCCUGAAUUCACUGUUAGUGACCCCACAAAUGAAGACUCUUCCAGUACAGAUGACAGGGGAUCCUUUUGGGAUAAUGGAGACAAAGCAACUGUGGACAAGAACCAGAAGAAAAAACAGAAACUUAGAAGAGGAAAACCACAACCACCUCCUCCAGAAAGUUAUAAUUCUUCUAGCUCCACUUCACAAGACACCACAUACAGCUCAUCUCUGGAACAAAGUGGCGAGCAUCUCAGGAGAUCUCCAGACAGACCCUCAGCAUCCUCACCCAGGCAGAGAGGGAACAAGCACAGUGGACACUCCAGGUUAGAAAACAGCAAUGAAGAGCACAGGGCCCAUUCACAGAAGUACAGGUUAUCAGCCCAAUUAAUGGCUGGGUUGCCUUCUGAUGCUGAACAUGGUGUUGAAACCACUGCUAACUUCCAUCAAGGCUUCAGAGGGAUGCAUGCUCAGUCUAAUGGGGAAUUUCAUUUGAGCAAUUCUCCAAUGCCCCCAGAUGAUGAUACAAGUUAUCCACCGCUUGGUGUCCUAAAGGAGGCCAAAACCAGCCUUAAAUCACCAAGACAUCAAGGAAAACUUUUCAAGAAGAAUACAAAGACAUCAUGCAACGAAGACCCAGAGUGCACAAGUUCCAGGCCUCUGACUAGAUGUCCCAGUGGUGCAAAGGUCAUAACCCAUUACAGUACAGGAGAAGGAGCACAAGUUCCUUUUCUCAGUCACCACAGGAGACACUCUAGACCAUCUACCAGGAAAGAACGAUGCCACCCUCAGGGAGGAACCUCAGGCCUGCAUGAUGAGAAAGAGAUGAUGCACUUUGGUUCCAGUGACAUCAACCCCUAUGUCCACCCAUGGCAACAGGAAGAGACCACCAGAGUUGGCUGGAAACAUCACGUGUUUGGAAGUGCUGGUGACAUCUCCUGCCAGCCACCUGUCCAAGAUGGCAGCAACCAGAGAGUAAUGAGAUGCUCCAGUGUGGAUAACGGCUUGAACAUUCAGAACUCACCCUUAUGUUCCCACUUGAGCUCUUAUGCCAAUGCACGAGCGGUAUCCAGCACUUUAAGCAGUGUGGAGGACUUCCGGGGACAAGAUUCGUUUGAGACAGAGUAUAAUUCCCACCAGCAUAGCCACCCUAGACCCAGAGAUGCACUGAAUUUAGAGAGCAGGUUGUCUUCCUAUCGAAUUCCUCAAGCAGCUCUUGGCAACAGCAGUGUUCAAGUGGAUGAAAUAAUGCUACUGUACCCUUCUGAACCAAAGUCAACAGUUAAAUCGUUAUCUGAAGUUACCCUAACUGUGACCUGUGACCAGGGCACCCAGACAUCAGCUGGGGUGAGACAUAGAAAGGUAAACCGGCACAGAAGAAGCAGCACACAGGUUCCUGUUUCCAGAAAAGAAGUUGAAGAAAAUGUGGCUCAGCGACCUACAUCAUGGGCAAGCUUGCAGAACAUGUCCAUCCAUCUCUCCCAGCUGCUUCACAACACCUCAGAUCUUCUGGGCAACCUCCACAGCCUGGGAGCUGGGGAACCUCAGCUGCAUUCCAUCAGACUGCUCCGGUCUAAUACACCGGAUUCCUCACAUAGCUACAUACUUUCGAACGGAAGGAGAAAGAUGGACAGCUGCACUCAGACAUCUGUGGAUGUUGGAAUUCAGACAGAUUAUUUGUACCAGGCAAUGAUCAAACAACACCUGCCAGUCGAGGACACAAAGAGACCACAAGAAGUCAAUGUAAUAGUCAAAGUGGUUGGUUCUGAUAUUCUAAACAUAUCUCAGGUGAAUAAGGACAUCACAUUAACCUUAUUGGAGAGGGAGAGAAAGGCAGCUGUAAAGAUGCAAAGCAUGCCGGACCUCAGAAUUGGCAAUGCAAGUGUUUUACAGACAUCGGUUGAACCCCACCAUUCUGCAGAUGCUUCCCCUGUUUGUGUUCGAGCUUCAACACCAUCUCUGGAGUCUGAUCAGAAUAGUGCCCCCAUCAUCUUUGGACUUUCUCCUUUUGGGUCUCCUUCCAGCCUCCCUGGGCAAAGCAGUUCCACAAGUAACCUGGUCCGGGGCUGCUCCAUCAGCAGCCCGCAGCUCUCUAGACUGGAGAACCAGGCGUUCCAGGAGGGAGACACUAAUGGGGAUUGCAGUCCUUCCAGCAAAGCCAAAGCUCAAUCUAAACAAGUUCAAGUGGUGGAUCGUGCUACGUCUCCCAUUUUGACGCUGGAGGCUGGAAUAAGUAGUCCUGUUGCCAGAAGCAAAUCCACCCAGUGUCUCACAGAUGGGGAGAAUACAGAACUCCAAGAAGACUUCCUAGAUGGACAAAGAAAAUAUCAAUCUUCUUUUAGGUAUGGUGUCCAGGAGCCAAGAGACAGUCACUGUGAACAGACAGAAUCAGAAGAUGGCUUGGAAAGAGACAAUUGUUUCAUUACAACUAGCAGGAGAGCCAACAGAGUUGUGGCUAAUGUUGGAAAAGUUAGCGUCGUUAGUGAACCACGGAUGAGGGGGAGAAAAAGCUAUCCCCUGAAACCGGCGCCUUCUAGCAUGGAAGAUGUCCGUAAUUCAGCUGGAUCCAAAUAUUUUGUGGAUAGGAGUGGGAGGCAGAUACCAGUGAAAAUGGAGUGGCAGUCAAGCUCGGAAGAAAUAAAUCUCAGGAAAUCCUCCUCAGUUCAACACCUCCCUGGAUCUUGUUCUUCCACCUUUAACAGGUUGCAAGGCUGUGCAAUAAGCACUCAGGAAAACACUUCCACACAGACCCAUGAAGGCUCUUUAAGAAUCAGGACCCCAUGCAAGACUAUUGCAGCACACUACCUAACUGCUUCUGAUGGUUGUGAGGGCUGGAACGGAUCUGCAAGCUGUCACAAUCAGUCUCCCGAUCCUUAUCCUUUUGAACCUUCCGAAUUGAGUGAGAUGACUGUCCAACUUCAGGAAGACAACGAUGAUGCCACAUCAGUAGCUCCUAGCGAGUGCAACACAGAAGUCCUCCUCAAUAUAAACCCGCUAGUUGACGAUCCACAAAAGACUUCUCAUAACCAGGGCAAAUGCAGGGUGCCUGAAGAUCUACCCAUGCACAACAAAUUCAGCAACUGGUCAGGCGUUCAUUUCUGCCAGCCCUCUCGUUUAAGCAGCGCUGCAGUUGGGACAGCCAGUGGAUCUCAGACACAGAAGAUGAAGAGGCUGUCUCAAGGCGAGCCAAUGGAGAAUGACUCGGAGUUUAGGGCAUACGAGGGAGAAAGAAUGAGGGAGAUCGAGAAACUGAGGAGAGAGCGUGCUGAGAUUAUGUCUGGAGUCCGUUUGGAGAUGAACCCUCAUCAGCUGACCGUGGAACUCACUGAGGCCAAGCUGAACUAUGGGCUAGGGGAGACAGACACCCUUCUCAAGCUGCAUUCGGGGGCGGGGCAGGAGACAGGCGGAGUGACAAUUAAACAGCAGCUGUAUGACAGGCACAUGAAGAGCAUCGAGGGGCUGCGCCGGAUGAGGGAGGCGCGGCUGCAGAGCUGCAGGAGAGCGCGUAGCCUGAGCCCCAACAAACACCCAGCGCUGUGUGCAGGGACCCGGGGAGAACCUGCCUCGCGGGACCCAGACCUGCCCAGCAAGCGCAGGGAGUAUCUGCAGCAGCUUCGCCAGGGCGUGGUGGAGAGCACCAGGGUUCAGGAGCCCAAGAAGUGGCUGGCACAGACCCCCUCAGAAAUCGAGCUGCUGCUCCGGGACUACGGGAAGGCACGUGAGGAGGCGAGGACGGAGAUCGCGCGGGCGAGGGACCGGCUGAGGGAGAGGACAGAGCAGGAGAAGAGGCGGCUGCAGCAGCAGGCUCUCUCACAGCUCGUCAAGGAUGAGCUGAGGCUGAGGACUCGGGUCAGCACCAGCACCCUCUGCACCAGCUCCAGCCUCAGCCUGUCUUCAGGGCCCAGUUCUGGGUACAACAGCAGCAACACCACUGCACCACCAGGGGGCAGCAAAGCCACUCCACAGCAGGGUUCAGAGGUCACUGAGGAGUCCAGGGCUAGAGCAAGGGGUCGGCCCGCACUGCAGCGCCAGUGUCUGUCAGAACACGAUGUCUGUUUUGAAGCCUCUGCCAAUCACUGUGACGUUCCAGCUGAAAGCCAGCAACCUACCCACAGCUUAGGCACAAGGGGGAGGGGCCCUUCCAUUAGCUCCUCCUCCUCCGCAUCAGCGUCCUAUCAAGAAAUAGCCACUCACACAGUAGCCAGUGCUACAUCUGAGAUCCAGGCUGCCUCGGAGGGAGACCUGGGGAACCUGCUGAAGGGCAAGGCAGCAGCCAGCUGGAGGUACCAGAGCACAGAGAGAGGAGUGCUGGCAUAUUACAAGGCAUUCCCGAGCCCCACAAAGCAUGGCUUUCUGUGUGCCGGAGUGAUCGAGCAGCCCCUGCACAGUGUGUGGUGUCUGAUCAGAGACCACUCCAAGAUUCACCUCUAUGACAGAGCCAUUAAAACAGCGUGGGUAACCAGCGUGGAGAGUGGGAUUCAGCUGGUGUACCUGGUGAUGGACUCCUCGCUCUGCUGCCUCAAACAGCCUCGGGAUUUCUGCUGCAUCAGUGCAGAGUCCAAGCAGGAGGAGCAGUUUGUUCUGGCUCUACGCUCCGUGUACGACGAGGCCCUGCCACGGCCGGGCAGAGAGCUGGUCCGCGGGGAGGUGCUGCCCAGUGCCUGGGUCCUGCAGCCGGACACUCUGAACAGGAAGGAGAUCACCAAGGUCGUCUACAUGACCCAGGUGGACCUGGGCACCCCUGCCCUCCCUCAGAGGCUACUGGGGUUCGUAGCCAAGCGGCAGGCAAUGGUCAUCGCAAACCUGGCCAGCUUUUUCCCCACUGUGAGAGGCACCAGCGCCUGGUCGUGACCACCUGUACCCUCCCAGAACCCACUGGGACUCGCAGCUUGAUUCCACCACAGGAGAAUCUCACACAACACAAGGGUAACCUGGAAUUUUGUGUCUACAGGAUGAUCAGUUGGACCCUUGGUGCUGCUGUGGAACAAACAUCCACAACAGAUCAAUGAAUCCUGGCAGCAAACGUUGGGCACAAACAUUCUUGGAAGGGUUACCACUGUGGGACAAGGAGGUUACCUGCUUGCAUUACCCACCAAACAAGGUGUCUCCAAGAUUGGUGCAACACAGACUGAGAGGACAGAGACUACCUUUGAUUAACUACUGUGCCAAAGAAUACAGGACAAGUCCAGUCUACUGGAAGUCUAUUUCAGCAUGCAUCGCCUUCAAGCAAUUCAGUACUUUCAUUUUAUAACUUGAAACAUCUAAACCUGGUACUGUAGUUUCCAGUCCAGUUUUCUCUACGGGCAGGGUUACCUGAUCAGAUAGGACUCUGUUUAGGAAUCAGUCUUUGUUCCAUUGAAUUUAAAGCAUCUAUUUAAAACUUGAUAGUUUACCUGAGCAGCUUUUUUUUUUUUUUUUUUUUUUUUUAACAAUUACGCUAAAAUUCAGUAACAGUUUGUUUUCUUAGUAGUUAAUAAAAAACAGAUGAACUCUUAUCAGAAACCAUUUUAAAAUCCUGGAGUAUAAAAUGCAUCGAUAUUUUUAUAUGUGCUGUAUAGCAGGACUUCAAGCCCUGCUACUGGGGACCCCCUGUGGCUGCUGGUUUUCAUCCCAACUGAGCUCUGAAUUACUUAAC